AUUAUGCGAAUUAAAAGAUUAGAAUGAUUUUGUGAGCAAUACACACAUCUGGCCAAUCUAUGCGAUGAUAUUGUUUUCUUCUUAUUACGAUUUAGGUCGCAGAUGUAAACAACAUCUUAUCAUUCAGCUGUUAAGUAGUUUCCAGUCGGGGUACUCCUAAAUCAAGUGUUACGGUCAAUUUUAGUUUAAUUUAACUGAUCACAUGUUGUAAACUUGGAUACAUCGAUAUUGAUGUUUUAUUUGGCACAGUGUGUUAAUUCCGUGGCACAAGCUUGUCCUUAACGCUAUGAAAAUCUCCUUUGUGCAUCGCCUCUGUCGAUACUGCAUUCAACAAUGGAAAACCUUGGCUGUCCUGCUGACAGGUGAUGAUGAUUUGGAUCUGCUGGCCUCCCUGAUGGAGGAGAACGAGGCGGCGGAGACAGGAAGGCUCGACGGUGAGGAGGGAGCCGGGGACACAGACGAGCUGGAUGAUCUGUUUGAUGCGGAUGAUGACGGGGAAGAGUUUGACGAGGGUGAGGGUGUCAGUGAGCAGGUAGAAGAUAUAAACACGUUGUUUGGCGACGUUGAGGAUUUAGAGGAAGAAGAGCCAGCGAAAGAAAUGACCAAAAAACGAACAUUUUCAGAAGAAAACCAGGAAAAAUCUAAACAGGACUUAGAAGCUGAAUUGAGAAGGAUGCAGGAGCAAAUGGAAACCUUACAGAAGCAGUUAGCUGUCACCCAGCAGGCCUUGACCAGCCCUCCACAGAAAACGCCCCCGAAUAAGCAGAAACAGCAACCAGAUAAGUCUACACCCAUCACCCUGAAGACAAAUGAAUCUAAAAAGCUUCAGGACUCCCCUUGUUUUUCUUCCCAGCUUAAUAGCUCUGGCCUUUUGAAAUCCAAGCAAAGAACAGCCCGUGAACCAAAGCAUCCAACAACAGAGACCAAGACCCCCCAUCAGAAGAGUAUGGGUGCCAGCCCCUUGUCGCAGCCCCUGAGGAGCAGCAAUAAACCCAACACUGCUCUUAGAUCCCCUCCAGCAGCAGCAGUGCAGUCUGGCACACGGGGCCCUACACCCAGCAGCUCAAGAGUAUCAGAUCAGGACGUCACAGUGGAGAGGUUCUCAGGACUUAGGCUGAGGAGGCCCCGCGUGUCCUCCACUGAAAUGGAGCUCAAGAUGUCUGACCGCAAGAUGAUCCGUCUCUCCCAGCUGCCGGAGAAGCUGGCCCAGGAGAAACUGGACGAGAGUGACUGGGUCACCUUCGGGGUGGUUGUGAAUAAAUACACCCCUCAGAGCUCUAGCAAUGGUAAAACCUUCAGUAUCUGGCGUCUCACUGACCUUCGUAACCUGGAUGUGUAUGUUUCCCUGUUCCUGUUUGGAGAAGUUCACAAAGAACACUGGAAAACAGACCCAGGGACUGUUAUCGGCAUCCUCAAUCCAAACCCAAUGAAACCAAAGGAGGGCUCGGAUGGGGUCUGUUUGUCAGUGGAUCACCCGCAGAAGGUCUUGCUCAUGGGGGAGGCACAAGAUUUUGGGACCUGCAGAGCGAAGAAGAAAAAUGGAGAUCCUUGUACUCAGAUUGUGAACUUGAACGAGUGUCAAUUCUGCCAGUACCAUGUGAAAGCACAGUAUAAAAAACUGAGUUCCAAGAGAUCAGAGCUGCAGUCCAGUUUCUCGGGAAAAGUCCCUGGUAAGCAGAAAGGGAAGGGAGGCAGCCUGAAGCAGCGGCUCUGCCACGAUGGCUUUUAUUACGGAGGAGUUUCUUCAGCAGCGUGUGCAGCCUCGCUUUCCGCAUCUGUUUCUAAGAAGCCGGUCCAGUCGACUUUGAGUAAUUUAUUUGUAAAAGGAGCGGACUCUCUUGCCAAAGAAGCGCAGAAAAAGGCAAUGCAGUCGAAUGGGGCACCAGUAUGCUCAGAUGAAUUUAAGAACUUGAUGGAUGUGCCAACGCCAGGUGCACUGAACCUGAGAAGACAUUUAACCCAAGCUUCAGUAGGUCUAAAUGGAAAGCCAGUGCAAACUAUCCAGUCUAUAUCAGCAACCCAACUAUUAAAACAACAGAAGCAACAGAUGUUGGAAGCAAGGAAGAAACGAUCAGAAGAUAUUCAAAGAAGGUUCUUGCAGAACACAGGUACACCUGACUGCCCUGUAACACCCACCCCAGGGAGAUCUGCACUCGCAUCACCUAGAGCUGCUGCUGAAUUCCCUAAAGACAAGAAGACCGCAGCGACGCCACUGACACCUAAACUAGGCAGGGGGUUUGCAGAUGGAGACGAUGUCUUGUUUUUUGAUGGAUCUCCACCACCAGUACCAAAGCCACAUUUGUCUGCAGCCAAGCUUGCUGCUUUAAAGAAGUUGAGGGCAAAAGGAGCUGGGAUAUCAAAGGAAGAUCCUAAUGGUGUCAAAAGAAAAAGGUCGGACACAAGCAUUAAUGAUGUAUCAGAAAGAGUGGAAAAGAGCCUUGCAUCUCCUGAGACUAAAGUAGAAACAGAUGAAACAGAGCCUGCUUCAAAGAAACGGCGAGAGCAGCUGGAGUAUUUACAGUCAGCUGAAUUUCAGGAAAUUCUGAAUGCCAAAUCAAGACACACUGGAGCAGUGAAAGAGGCUGAGAUAGAAAUUCAGGAGAGGUACUUUGAGCCGUUGGUAAAUAAAGAACAAAUGGAAGACAAAAUGAGAAAUAUCCGAGAGCUGAAAUGCAGAGCUGUAACCUGUAAAACAUGUAAAUACACAUAUUUCAAACCCUUGGAUAAAUGCGUUACUGAAAAACAUGAUUACCACUGGCAUGAAGCAGUCAAGCGGUUCUUCAAAUGUAAAUGUGGGCAAAGAGAAACAUCACUGGACAGGCUGCCCCAAAAACACUGCAGCAACUGUGGACUUUUCAAGUGGGAAAGGGAUGGCAUGUUAAGGGAGAAGAAAGGGCCCAAAAUUGGUGCAGAGCUGCUUUUGACAAGAGGAGAGGAGCAGCCAAAAUUCCUCAACAGUUUACAGUGAUCCAUAUUACCGUGGCCCAGAAUGUUUGGGCCAUUUUUUUAAAACUAGCUAGAAACACUAAAGUUGCAAUUAGACGCUCUUAAAUAAACCUCCCGAGGUAUUUGCUUGAUGUGUUUUUUUUAAAUCAAUCUUGUUUUAACAUCAGUUGCUUUCUUUUAAAAAAAAAAAAUAAUAAUAAUAAAUAACAUGUGUUAAUUUAGCACUGUGGUAAAUGUUUUGUGAAUAUGGCCCAAAUAGUUUUGUGGUAUAGACCUUCAAAUCAUGAAGAAACAACCAGAAAACAGGAUGCCUGGUUAAAAUGUAUCAGUGCUGUUUGUUUCAUAUCCUUGUGCUUAAAGUUAAGUUCCUACAAGACAGCUGAUUAGUGUUCAUGAAAAUUCAUUUUCCUUGUGAAAUUGAUUAGUAUUUCUUUUAUAUUGUGGCUAUGAUGUUGUGAACUGAAAAUGUAGUAUUUUCUUUACCCAAUGAAAACUUCAUGCAGUGUAUUUGAACGUGCAAGCCGUUACAAAACAAGAAGUGUACUCAUCGGUGUACAUACCAAUGUGAACAAGAAAACAUGCAAGCUUUUUUAUAAGAAUUAAUGUAUGGGUGGAGAUUACGUCACUUGUUUUUUAUAUAUUGAUUUAAAUAAAACAUGAUGUACAGUAAGAUAACCAUUCAUAGAAAUAAAUACUAUUUUAAACAUGGUUUCAUUUUAAUAAUGUAUUUUUGUUUACUGUUUCACAGGUGAUAUUUGUAAUGCAAAGAUAUGGUAUAACAAUAGUUUUGUUUUGUUUUUUGUAUAUCCUUUGUGCAGAACAUUAAUCUGCUUGCACUGUACAAGGUUAAUUACCAUUUCAUUUUCUUCUCUAAAAUUAUUUUAAGAACUAAUAAAUGUGCUUCAGAUGUACUGGUAUAUGAUAGAAUACUUAAUAUGCCAAACCUGUAUUUAAGUUGAGGUAAAAUACACAUUAACUGUCAUUUUGAGUUUUCCAUACUUAAACAGCUUGCUCAUUCAAAAAUAAUAUGUAUUCCAUAUCCAUGGCAUUGUUUCUAAGAUUAGGAAUGUAUGGUAAAUACGUGGCACUGUUUGAGCUUUCAGAAGAUCCAGCCUCUGCGUCUUUUUCAUUUGUAGAUGUUACCUUUUCAAUUUCAUGGAAGCUCCUUGUCCACAGUGUCUUCAUAUGUUUGUAAUAUUUGUUUUUUCUAUAUAGAUUAAACAAAGUUUGCUGAGGUUAGACCUAUGUAUUUAUUUAUUAUACAUGGUUUGCAAUACAGACUAUACAAUAAAUCUUCACAUCACAAUGUUAUAAUAUAAAGCACAAAGAUGUCCAAACAAGAUGAUGCAUCUAAUUUAAUUUUAAAGUAAAUUAAAAAAAAAAAAAAGCUUGUCAGUUCAAGACAUGAUUUAGAUACUUA